AGCAGCACAUUCUUCGUCCAAGCGUCGUAGAACUCAUAUCGUUGUAAAAAAAUGACUGGUCGCGGCAAGGGAGGAAAAGGAUUGGGAAAGGGAGGAGCUAAGCGGCAUAGGAAAGUUUUACGUGAUAACAUCCAGGGUAUCACUAAACCAGCCAUCCGUCGUUUGGCGAGACGUGGCGGUGUCAAACGUAUUUCUGGCUUGAUAUAUGAAGAAACUAGAGGCGUCUUGAAAGUCUUUCUGGAAAACGUUAUUCGUGAUGCUGUAACGUACACCGAACACGCCAAGAGGAAGACUGUAACAGCUAUGGACGUCGUCUAUGCUCUGAAACGCCAAGGAAGAACCCUGUAUGGUUUUGGUGGUUAAUGUAAUCACGUAUUUGUGAAAGUCAAAACGGCCCUUUUCAGGGCCAA